UUGCAUCGCCUGCUAGUCAUUCAGUCCGGUUAACAUGUUCAAUUCAGCUAUAUUGCUGUUGGUAGCACUUGCAACCGCUUCGGCUCAGGAUGCGAGUCGACCCAUCAUUACGACAACGGGAGGUCAGGUGCAGGGUAUAACGGCAAGCUGUGGCCUGUUCUGCAGCUACUUCCAGUUCAACGGAAUACCUUAUGCCGAACCUCCGGUUGGAGAUCUACGCUUCCGAAAUCCGGUACCCCAUCGUGGCUGGUCGGGAGUUCGCGAUGCCAGUGACCAUGGCCAGAGCUGUCCUUCGUUGAGUCCGCUCAGUGAGUACAGUGGGGGUGAGGAUUGUCUGUUCAUCAACGUGUACUCGCAGAACUUGAUCGGCUCCCGUCCGGUUAUGGUUUGGAUUCACGGAGGAGCGUUUGUUCUUGGGAAUGGAGAUUCCAGGAUCUACGGACCGGACCAUCUGGUUCAGGAGAACGUCGUUGUGGUAUCGUUCAACUAUCGUUUGGGGAUUCUUGGAUUCUUCAGCACUGGAGACACUCAAGCGCAGGGUAACUGGGGUUUGAAGGAUUGUGUGGAAGCACUGCGCUGGGUUCGUGCCAAUAUCGCGGCCUUCGGUGGUGAUCCGAACAACGUGACGAUCUUCGGUGAAAGUGCCGGUGGAGUUAUGGUCCACUUUAUGACACUAUCUCCGAUGACUGCCGGGUUGUUCCAUAAGGCGAUCGCUCAGUCCGGGACAGCAUUGGUCCCGUGGGGAUUCCAGUACAAUCCGAGAGAAAUGUCCCGACAAAUUGCCGACGCCUUCGGAUAUCCGCAUGACACUGCCGAGCUGACUCGGCUUCUCCGUUACACUCCGAUCGCGGAGUUUGUAGCCCUGCAAAGAGGUAUCACAGACAUCCCCAUUCCAAGAGGUUUCAAACCUUUCGAGUAUGUCCCAAGUGCUGAACCGGUCAAUUCCCCCGAACCGACCUUCAUAACGCAGCGUCCCAUCGAAAUUCUACUCUCUGGAGCGUACAACCACGUACCGAUCAUGUUUGGGCACACCAACGCCGAAAGCUUGUUCAUGGUACGGGAACACGCGGUGGAUUCAACCGUGUGGAAUGAGUUUACACGUAAUCCGGGCUUCUUCGUGCCGCACUUCUGGAACAUCCCAGCGGGCACUUCCGAAGCCAGCGCAGUCAGCCAAGCUUUCCGUAACUUUUACUGGCAAGAUCGUCCACUCGGACCGGCUAUCAACCUCGAGUGGACCACCUUCCACACGGAUCAACAGUUCAUCUACGCAAUCGAUAAAACGGUUCGGCUGACAGCAGAUCGCAGUCCGCAGUCCACGUACUACUACCAGUUCAGCUUUGACGGCGAUUUGAACCUCAUCAAACGGCUGCUUCUGCUGACCGAUUUCCCAGGAGCUGUCCACGCCGAUGAACUCCCGUAUCUGUUUUCCAUGUCGAACCUACCGGUGACUCCGAUUCUGCCGAGUAAUCAUGCGAACGUUGUGCGCCAACGUAUGGUACGACUCUGGACAAACUUUGCCAUCACUGGAAGGCCGACCCCGAACUCGGAUACCGCGUUGCAGAACAUCCAGUGGGCACCGGUCCAGGGAGGUAAUAUGGCGUAUUUGGACAUUGGUCAUGAUUUGGUUACUGGCAAUAACCCCAACCAAGCACGCAUCGCUCUGUGGAAGGACCUGGAAGAUCGCUACGCCAAUGAUCCCUUUUUCUAUCCGUAUCAGUAGGAAGUGAUGCAAUAAAGGUCUUUUAUACAGAA